AUUUAACCUUUACUCUCGCUUAUAUUAAUAAAAAUGGUUAGACUCGGAUCUAUCGCUGCUUUCACAGCCUUGUUGACUGCCCCAUUGGCUCUCGCUCAAGACGUUGCUUGUCAAGUUAACGGUGUCACCGUCCAAGUUGUUGACUUGGCUACUGGUGUCUGUACUUUCCCAAUUCCAGCUGAAUUGCCAACUAUCUUCGAAUUCAACUCUAUCCAAGAUUUCAACGUUGAAUUCUACUACACCAUCGUUAACAACAUCAGAUACUUCACUGACAUUGUCAACGCCGGUAGAACUAUCGAAAUCCCAGCCAUCGAACUUUACGGUGGUGCUAACGCCCCAUUGUACCAAGUCCACGUCGAAGAACACCUCGCUUCCAACACCACUCUUUCUAUCAGAAAGAGAUUGUUGAAGCAAGUUGAACUUAACGAAAGAGAUGCUGCUUCUGACUUCGCUGAUUCCUUGAAGACUCUUGACGGUACCUUGGUUAGUGACACUACUUUCUCUGUUGUUGACGCUACUGGUGCUUCCUCUUCUUCUGAAGGUACUGGUGCUUCUACUGGUGCUGGUGCUUCUUCCGAAGGUGGUGCUACCACUGUCACUGAUGUUGCUACCACUGUUGUCACCAUUACUUCUUGUUCUGAAGACAAGUGUUCUUUGGCCACUGUCCCAGCUACUCCAAAGCUCACCACUGAGACCAUCAACGGUGUUGUCACUUCUUACACUACUUACUGUCCUCUUACUGAAGUUACUGAACUCUCUACCACCGUUGUCACCAUUACCUCUUGUAAGGAAGACAAGUGUGUCUUGACCACUGUCCCAGCUACUCCAUCUGAAGCUACCACCACCGUUGAAGGUGUUGAAACCAUCUACACCACCUACUGCCCAAUUUCUGAAGAAACUCCAUACGUCACCGUUUCUGGUACCCCAGUUCCAGCUACCCCAGCCGUUGUUUCUAAGACUACUGAAGGUGUUGUUACCUCUUACACCACUUUGGUUGCUGUUACCGAGACUGUUGCUGCUGCUGAACAAACCCCAGCUGCUCCAGGUGCUCCAGAAGUCACCCCAGCUGCUCCAGCUGCUCCAGGUGUUGAAACUGUUGCCUCCGCUCCAGGUUCCACUGUUGCUCCAAUCAACACCUUUGAAGGUGCUGCUGUUUCUAACUACGGUAAGUCUUUGCUUGCCAUUGCCUUGAUUCCAUUGGCUUACUUGAUCUAAUUUUCGUUGUGAAAAUUCUACAAAACUUUAAUAAAAGAUUAUUACAUGUUGAUUAUAAAGGUGUAAUUAACGGAAUAAUCUAAUAUUAGGCGGUUAUGUUUUCCUUCAUUGUAUCACUUGUUAAUUAGUUCCAAAUGUUGAGUCCGAACAAUCUAACGUCAGGUUCUGGUGAACUCUGAAUUUCAGUCCGGGCUACGUUCCAAAAUCAUCCAGGGUCGGCGUUGGAGUUACUCUCCAUUAAUUUCACAGGUGUUCUUUCGCACCACAUACCUUUAACUUAUUUCAUCCUCAUGAUUCAUGAUUUUGCUGGGUCUUCGCCUACUUUCGUGGCUUGCAUAUUUUCGGUUAAAUUAAAAAGUGCUUACUUUUUACCGGUUGUUUUAUACAUCUUCACUUCUCCUGUUCACUUAGUGUCUUGGAAUAUAAUUACAUGACCAUAGUAGAUUACAUAUACGUUUAACUGGUAC